AUGGUAACUGUUUUGAGAAAACAAAGUAAAUUCAAGAAGUUAAGUAGUGGUUCAAAAGGUGGUUAUAAUGGUAAGAGUGUAUAUUGUGGUAUUUCAGGAGUAGAACAAAUUUUAAAAGAAUAUUAUUUAAUAACAAAUUAUCUGCCCAAAGAUAUAUCCACCAGAAAUACAUGUUGUUCAAAAGUAUGA